AUGGCAGAAGCAGUGGAGGUGAUGCUGCGGCGCUUGAGGGAAGCGGCGGACACCAGGGGCAGCGACUGGCUGGAGCAGCAGGAGCCUCCACGCCGGGAGCAUUCUAAGGCUACUGCGGCCUCCCGGCGUGGGAGGAAUCCAUAUGUCCGGCGGGACCCUCCAGAGGCUGUGGGGCCUUCCCCUCAGCCCAUCGCGCCAGCAACAGGGGAGUCAGGACCUGGUUCUGCAGGAUCCCCUCCUGUCCCCAGGAGUCGGAGGCCUGCUCAGCGUGGGAGAGGUAGUGGCAGCAGAGGCAGCAGCGGGGCUGCGCGGUCGGCCAGGGCGGCCCGGCGCAGGCCCUUACAGGAUGAGCCCCUUUCAGUGGCACACGAGGCUGCGCCUGUAGGUGCCAGGGACGGGCGCAGGCCUUGCCAUGAUGCGCUUCUUACAGAGGAGGAGGACGAGGCUGUUCUGGACGGCUCCCCGCCCCAGAGCAGGCCUCUUGGGCAUGAAGACAGGCGUGCAGAUGCUUAUAUGGAGGACAGGGAGUUGCGCAGGCCAUUUCCUGAGGGCGGACAGUUUGCUACUGGUCCUGACACCGUGGAAGACAGAGGGCGUCCCAGAGCCAUUCCUAACGCACCCAGCAGUGAUCCGGCUGGGGUGCUGCCGGCGAACAGCGCAAGUACCCAUCAAAGGAAUGUCGUGGAUCCAGGAGUCGUCCGUCAGGAAGCAGGACCUGCGGCUGCCGGGUUCACAGCACCCGGGCAGCUAGUGGGAGCGGUUUCGCCAGCUGGCCCCGGAGGCGAGUCAGGUCGGAUUGGUGUGUCCAGAGUCGUUGUGGGAGAUCCUGGAGGUGAUGCCCCGUUAUUAGUUUGGAUCCUGGGCCAUUCGUUCGUGUUCUGGGGGGCAUUAUGAGCGGAUGUUCGGCAGAAUGGGCGGCAGCUGGGGUUUGAUCGGGGGACAGCCAUAGUAAGAUGGAUCGGACGCAGAGGUAUGGUGUGGGGUAGUGUUUUGCAGGAGGUUCAUCGGCAAGCCAGGUUAGAUAGAGUCCCAGAUAUCUUGGUGUUGCAUGUUGGGGGAAAUGACCUAGGGGUCCGACCUUGCAGAGAGUUGAUCAGGGAUAUACGUUUUGAUUUUUUGCGUUUGUGGUCCCUCUUCCCGUCAGUUGUCACUGUGUGGUCGGACAUUGUCCCCAGGAAGGUCUGGAGGGAGGCGAGAUCGGUUGAAAGGCUGAAUAAGGCUAGGAUUAAGCUGAACAGGGUGAUUGGGCGGUUCUGUGCCAAACAUGGGGCGGUGGUGGUGAGGCACCCCGAGUUGGAAGCAGGAACAGGAGGCUUUUGGAGACAGGAUGGAGUCCACCUCAAUGCGGUGGGCAUUGAUUUGUGGUCACUGGACUUGCAGGGAGGUAUUGAAACAGCCCUCCGGGUGUGGCGGAACGCGCGAGCUUAAGGGCUGUCAAGCUGCGCGUUGUUGGCGGGGGGAGGUCAUAGAAGCUGGGGCUACUGGAUGGUAACGGUGAAUGAGAGGGCCUCAAUGGUGGGGCUGGACUCUCAGAGUUGGGGCACCUGGUUGGCUUGGUAU